AUGGCGACCACAAAACGUCUUCUCGUGACCGGCGCCACAGGCAAACAAGGCGGCGCCCUAAUCUCAGCACUUCUCUCCAAACCAUUUCAAUCCUUCGAGAUCUACGCCGUGACCCGCAAUGCCAAUAGCACUAGCUCACAACAGCUCCAAAGACAAGGCGUCAAGAUCAUUCAGGGAAACCUAGACGAUACCCAAGCCAUCUUCUCUCAGAUCCAGAAACCGGUGUGGGGUGUUUUCGCCGUCCCACUUCUGGACAAGGGGAUCAAGAAGGAAGAGGAACAGGGUUAUGCGCUUGUGCAAGCGGCUGUCGAGGCCCAGACGUCGCAUAUCGUUUACACGACUACGGAUCGAGGUGGUGAUGUGGCGAGUGAAGGGAACCCGACGCCUGUGCCGCAUUUCGCUUCCAAGUAUCGUGUUGAGGAGGACAUUAGGGCUAAAGCGGCGGCGAGCAAUGGUCAUUUGAGCUAUACUCUUUUGAGGCCUGUGGCCUUCCUGGAGAGCAUGCCCAAUGGCUUUCUCGGCCGCGCCUUCGUAGCAAUAUGGCGACUCAACGGCAGCGACAGGAAACUCCAAGUCAUCACAGUCAAGGACAUUGGCAAAGUUGCCGCCGAAGCCUUCCUCAAUGCCGAAAAGGACGAAUACCGCAACAAAGCCAUCUCGCUAGCCGGCGACUCGCUUUCACCUCACGAGGCGGGCAAGAUCUUCCAGGAUGUGGUCGGGCAGAAACUGCCGGAGACGUACUCCUGGCUCGGUUGGCUGAUCCGGACAAUGGUCGCUGAUCUGAGGCAUAUGUUUGCGUGGUUCAAGUCCGAUGGGUUUGGUGUUGAUGUGCCGGCGUUGCGGAGACGGUAUCCGUUCAUGACUGACUUCAGGACUUGGUUGAAGGAGGAGAGUGAUUGGGGUAAGGUGAAAGCCAAGUAA